AUGGAGAACUCUGAAAAUUCUAGUGUAGGUUUCGAUGAUCAAGUGAAUGUAUCGGGUACACCAUACUAUACCCCCUAUCCGAAACACUGUUGCUGAAAUCUGGCCUUUCAACCAGUCAAUAUAGAGUUUUCCCCAAGCUCUGGUGGUGAUAGUUCUGUGGCUUCUAUGAAAGAGGACUCUGGAUCACCUUCCUCUUCGUCCUCGUCAUCUUCAGAUCAGGAGCAACAAAUUCAUGUUGGGGAGGAAAAAACAGAUGAGAUAUCCUGGGAGACGGAGAGUAGAAGUUAUGAUGAAUUGCUUAAGGAAUUCCUCAAAAAUGAGGAAGAGCUGAAAAUUUACUUUAAACUUAAGAUCUCAGAAGAAGAGAUUGACAAGUUGAAAAUUCAAAUUGAAAAAAGUGAGGUUCAGCUUAAUAAUGCAUUGGUAGAAUCACAAGUAAAAGAGGAAAAUCUUAAGUAUGAAAAAGAACAUGUGCUGGAGUUGCAGAAAAAGACCACUGAUUUGGAGACACAUGUUUCAGAUUGCAGCCUCAAAAUUGAGAAGUUAGUCGCACAGCUAAAGCUUGCUGAAGACCUUAAGAUAUCAUAUGAUGAAAUUGCUAGAUUAAAAGAGGAACUUAAUAGCAGGACAUCUGGAACUCGGGAGCUGGAAGGUCAGCUUGAAGUAGCACAGCAAAAUGUGGUCACAUUAGAAUGCCAACUUGAUUCAGAGAGAAAGAAGAUUCGGGACUUAGAAGACAGGCUUACAUGGUACAAAAAUAAUGAAACCAAUAAUGAACUUGAGGUGCAGAAAUUGAAGGCGGAAAUGCUUGAUGCCGAAGCACACUUCUCAUUGGUGAAAAAUCAGAUGCAUUCUGAUAUUGCACGUUUAUCAGAGGAGAACAUACAACUGGGCUCUAGACUUGAGGAAUAUGAAUCUAGAAGCCUCAUGUUAGAAAACAAAUCAAGGCAAAUUGAAGCUGAAAGACAGAAAAUGGAAGAGCAGUUUGUUUCCCAACAAACUGUUUUGCAUGGUGAAAUCGGUUGUUUGAAGGAAGAACUUAAUCAGAGAAGAUACGAAGUUGAAGCUGUGAAUAGGGAAUUUGACCAGCACAAGCAGAAGUAUGAUAUGGUCAUGACCGAAAAAGAUGAGGCCAACGCUAAGAUUCAUAACUUAAUGCUGAGACAACACAUCGAGGACAAUCAUAUGCCUCAACAUGGAAAGAGAGCUAAUCCAGCUACGCGACAAAAGGUGAGCUGAUCAGAGGAUCUGCCUGCUACACUGAAUGUGGUAAAUGAGGUUGAAAUGAAAGUUGAUGAGCUGAAAAAGAGGUGACUCGCAAGAAUUCUGUGAUCUCUGAAAGGGCGAGGAGAAGAGGGAGGCCAUCCGGCAACUAUUGCUUGUUCAAUUGAGCACUACAGGGAGUGGAUAUAAAAGAACUUCUUCAAGCAUAAUAUGGCUGGGAAAAGCGUCAUUGCAGUUGCAGCCCCGUUUCCUAAAUUUACAUUCACCCAUGUCUCCUCAUUUUAUUUUUUUCGAUUGUAGAUCUUUGCCUACAUAAAUUUUGUAUGCAGUUCUCUUAUUCUGUUGAGCAUCUAUAAUUACAAAAGUAUUGUUUUCCUAUCGAACUAGGUUCAAAAAACACUUACAUUGGUAGUUGAUGUGAUGAAAAUCACUAUGUUCAUUUCUUGUA